AUGCGAAGAAUUAAUGAUAAUUACCAGUCUAGAUGGAAUAGCCCAGAUAGAAACACUAUACUGAAAUAUCUCCACGUGCGACUUACUCCGUUGAACCUCAUCUCAUCUAUCUCUUUUUGCAUCCUCGUAUCCUCCCCCCCAUCGAAUACAGAAACCUUCGGGGACCCGGUUAUUCUCCGCGGCAGCUCGCCCAUCUGGUUGGUUAGAGCAAAAAAUCCUGCAUCUGACCCCUCCUCGGCCCAAUUUCAAUCUGUCUCGUGUAGAGACAGACGAAAUUUGCCCAUCAUGAAUCAGGACAAUUUCCCAUUGAAAUUCCGCCGAGCCUCCAGUAAACUGGGCAAGGAAGCCCCUAGCUUCAGCUCGCGCAUUCUUCGGAGUCAUCAGAGCACCACCUCAUUGAAACGCACCCCCUCCGCCCCCGUCUACCCGCGCUCCUCUCCCAGCAACAGCCGCGAGCACAACCGGUCGCGAUCUAACGCACAAUUCCCGGGAUCCUCCUCGUCCUCCUUGGAGCAGAACAGUGGCGGCCCCUCGCCAUCCAACGACGAAUCAAGUGGCUUUUUCUCCGGCUUCACCUCCCGUUCUCGCACCCGCAGCUCCAACCGCUUCUCCUAUAACGAGCAAAGCUCGGAUGAAUUAAACGCCCCGUACGAAACGCGGGGCAUGCUCAGUGCCCUCGACGAGAACACCGCCGAGCCAGAGCCUCACUCCCAGCAGAAACCCCCACUCCGCUCCCACCACACCAGCCCCGAUAAUCGCGGCCGCCACUCCCUCCGGCAGUCCGCCAGCUUCACUACUCUAACGCACCGCAUGGAUCCAUUCGCCCACCGCGAGACCGAGCGGGCCACAAACGGAAAUGGGAACAAGCGAUAUUCUGACGAUGGUAACAAUCCGCCAGCGCCCCGAACAAGACAGAGCAAGAAGGCGAGCUUUUCGAGAUUCGUCGACAGUAUGCUUGGAACUCCCGGUCGCAACAUGAAGAUUUCAGCCCCCGAGAACCCUGUCCACGUCACUCACGUCGGCUACGACAACCAAACCGGUCAGUUCACUGGUCUCCCCAAAGAAUGGCAGCGCCUACUCCAGGAGAACGGUAUCUCGAAGAAAGAACAGGAGGAGCACCCGCAGACUAUGGUGGACAUCAUGCGAUUCUACGAAAAGAACACACGCGGCGACAGCGACGACGAGGUAUGGCAUAAAUUCGACAAUGCGCAAGCCACGAGUCCUAGCGGGCGACAAUCGCCCCCGGGAAGCCCAAGAUUCCCGCAAAAUCACGAGAGUAGCUUUGAGAAUCCGCGGUCGCCUCCACCAAUUCCUCGUGGCCCUCCGGCUGGGACCCCGUCAAUGUCUCCUCCGUCUGCAGGCAUGGUCCCUCAUCGCGCUCCGCCGAAGCCCCCGACCGGGAUGACCCCCUCCCGCCCCCCUCCUCAACCCCCCGUCUUGAACCCGUAUGCAACUCCGCAGCCGCAGCGGGCCCAGGACAAUUAUGGAACUGCAUUUGGUACCCCCACUAUCCCAGAAACCGAACCGUUGCCCGUAUCCCCUCAACGCAGUCCCUCUGGCUCCAGAAAUGGCACCCCCGCCUCCAGCGCCCCCAACGUCAUCGCAUCCCCAACCCAAUACCAGCGUCAGCAGGAGCAGGUCAUGGCUGCAGCUCAACAGGCUCUGGACCGGAACCGUACCCAGCGCCAGCAAGCACAGCAACCUCCUCCAAUCUCCACCUCCACAACUGCGCCCGCGCCGGAUCUCUCUUCUGGCGUGUCGCCCACCGUGCGCGCACCGCCUGCUGCCCGCCCACGCCAGCAGCGCCAGCGCCAGAGUAACGCCAUGGACAUUCGCUCACGUCUCAUGUCCAUCUGUCACCCUGGAGAUCCUACGCAAAUCUAUUAUAAUCUCAACAAGAUCGGUCAAGGUGCCUCGGGUGGUGUUUUCACUGCAUAUGAACACCCUCACAACAACUGUGUUGCUAUUAAGCAGAUGAACUUGGACCUACAGCCGAAGAAGGACCUUAUCAUUAAUGAGAUAUUGGUUAUGAAAGAUAGCAAGCACAAGAACAUAGUGAAUUUCUUGGAGAGCUUCCUCCACGGGCUGGAUCUGUGGGUGGUCAUGGAGUAUAUGGAAGGUGGUAGUCUCACGGACGUGGUCACCUUUAACAUUAUGAGUGAAGGACAGAUUGCCGCUGUCUGCCGCGAGACUUUGAACGGCCUCCAGCAUUUGCACUCCAAGGGAGUGAUCCAUCGUGAUAUCAAAUCCGACAACAUUUUGCUAGCAUUGGAUGGCAACAUCAAGCUGACUGAUUUCGGUUUCUGUGCCCAAAUCAACGACUCGCAGAAUAAGCGCAACACCAUGGUUGGAACUCCAUAUUGGAUGGCCCCUGAAGUUGUUACUCGUAAGGAGUAUGGCCGCAAAGUUGACAUUUGGAGUUUGGGUAUCAUGGCCAUCGAGAUGAUCGAGGGCGAGCCCCCAUACCUGACGGAAUCGCCAUUGAGAGCCCUUUACCUCAUCGCCACCAAUGGCACGCCUACCAUCAAAGAUGAACACAACCUGUCCCCCAUCUUCCGUGAAUUCCUCCAUUUUGCACUCAAGGUUGAUCCCGAGAAGCGUGCAUCCGCACAUGAUUUGUUGAAGCACCCAUUCAUGUCCCUCUGCGCACCGCUUUCGCAUCUCGCCCCCCUGGUCAAGGCUGCUCGUGUCAGUCGCGCCCAGGAAAAGGCCCAAAAAGGAGGCCCUUGA